CGGGAACACCCGCCGAGCGCGGAGGCUCCGCGGGGCACAGGGAUAUCGCGCCGCUGUCCCCGCACACCUGCCCUGCCCAGCACUCGGGAGCGGCGCGGCGGCACGAACCGGGGGCUGCCCGUGAGUCCCACAAGUUGCCGUCGCCCACGGAGGUCGAAGAGCGGGGAGACUUCCCCGGCCAAAUCGCCGCUUUUGGGGCUCGGGGAGAAGGCGGCGCCGGCUGCUGGUCUCUAAGGAAGGGGCUAAAAGGAGUCAGGCGGCCGUGUGUCCAUCCCUGGGCGCCCGGGGUGGUCCAGCCCGCGGAGUGCGGUUGCGUAGCAACGGGGCACGCGCGCGGUGUCUCCGGCCCUGGCGGGGCCGGGAUGCGGGGAUUCACUCUCGGUGUCGGGAUGUAGCCUGAAGCGUUCCUGAAGGGGCGAUAGCCCUGAGGGAGCACCAGGUGUUGCAGUGGUCAGUGCUCACUCGGCAGUGUCCCUGGAGCUGCAGCCUGGGUUCAAUCCCUGGCCUUGGGAACGUGGCAUUGGAAGAACCAGCCUGCUGGUGGGUGUAUCUAUUGGAGGUCCAUUGGGUGUAUCUGGUUGAAGGAAUUCUGCCAACUUCUUGUGGAGAACCAGUUUCAUUCAGUAGUACGUGUGGUAUGCCUCCUGGGACAUCCAGGUGAUCCCCAAAGAAGCAAAAAAUAAUGGAGAAAGUAGCCAGACUAUCAGAGGGGUCCUUUCAAGGAAUCAGACUCCCCCCUACUCCUCCUGACAAGGUAAGCUCCAGGUCCAUCUCACAUGUCCAGUGUUGUCACACUAAUAAAGAUUCCCAUGGCUCUCUGCUGCCAAGAUGUCCAAUGACAUACCUUCCUGUUUGCACAUGGAACCCAGGUCCUCUUUGUGCACCCUUGAUAUCCUCAGCAAAGAGUAAUUUCAUUGAUUCAUCCCCAGAGGUGUCCAGUUUAGUCAGGGGGGCUCGUGUGUUGGCAAGGAGAGAAACUGAUGGCUAUUACUACCUGGGCCACAUUGCCCAAGAGGUGAAGGGCUCCAGGGAACGCUUUGUAAUUGAGUUUGACAAAAGUCGUGCUCGAAAAGGCAAGGCACAGCUCCGCCUGCAGGAAACGCCUCUCUACGACAUUCUCCACUACGAGGAUGCCAGGAGACGGCGUCUCGCUCCGGGAGACAGGGUCUUGGCACCGUGGGAGGCUAGAGCUGAACGUUUUGGCCCCGGCACUGUGCUGAAGGUUGUGGAGAGCAAGGAGGCACAUUUAGCACACAACAGAAGUGGAGUGCUUGUGAAUUUCUGGAAUGGGCAGACCAAGGAGGUGUCUUCUGACCAAGCUCUGCAGAUUCCUCUGCCCUUAAGUGAACGCAUCAUCCUAGAACUGCAGAUGCCUUUAGCAGCCAGGCAGAUGGUGGUAGAUUCAAGCUUACAUUACCCAUACAUUGUGACACCGGGUUAUAGAGCCUCAGGCCACUACAGACUGGGUCACUCAGACCUGGACUGCUGGCCAGGGGGUCUGUACUCAGCUCAUCUGUGUGCUAAGUGCAGCUGGGAGUGUACCUCGCUCCCCCGGUGCUGCCUGGCAGCCUGGGAACCCACACGGCCUGUAGGGUGCAAAGUGCAGCAGGAAAAUGCCUUCACCCCAGGAACAGGCUUGGCUGAAGAAGUACCCAGCAAGAAAAUAGAAGAGGAACUGUCUGAAUUGAGAAUUACAUCUUCAGAAAGUGUUUCCAGAGAGGAAAAGAAAAAGGAAGAGACGAGAUUAGAGACAGAAAAUGUUCCAAAAGAUGUUUGGUCUUGUUUGGAAGAGGACAAUGAGUUUAUAGAACCUAAGAAGGGUGCUCAGAGGGAGAUGGCUCAUGCUAUGGUUGAUACUGCUGUUAACACAGACAGCUGGUUAAUGGAGACAGAUCACAAGGAGGAACCAGAGAGCAGGCAGCAGGAUGCUGAAACUGAAGCUAAUUUUAGACAUGAGCAUGGUCUUUUUGAGUCCAGAGUGGCAGAAGCUCCAGUCCAGAAUUCCCUAAGGAGCCCUUCCCUGGGAACCAGUGCUUUGGUUCCUUUCAGGCGCCAAAGCUUCUUUGACCAAGUGAAUCAAUCGCUAGAGAAAGACAGCCUGACCAUCAGAUCAGCUCUACGUGUACAGAGACCACACAGUACCACCAAUGUGCUGGCUAGGAGAUCCACAAAACUUCUAAACCUUCUAAAACACAAAAGCAUUACAAAAUCAAUCCUUAAUGGUGCAUCUCAGGAGAGAUGGAAAGAGAUGGGCUUCGACAGAGCCAAGACUGAGCACAAAAGGAGGAAAGAGGAACAGAGGCAGCUGAAGAGGGAGCAGCAGCAAGAGGCAGAUGGCAUCCAGCACCAGCUGCACAGGGACAAUCAGAGGCAACAGUUGCGUCAGAGAACACUGCAAGGGCUGGAGAAACAGCUGGAGCACAAAGAGAGAGCUUUGCAGCACAUGGCACUGCUCCAGGCUGCUGGGGCUGAGAGGAGCAGGAAGGAAUCCUCCUUUCAAGAGGAGGGGAAGAGGAAGGCAAGUCAGAGGCUUCAGCUCUUAAAGACACAGAGUUCACAGAGAGAGGAGUUGCAGGCAGAAUGCAAUGAAAGGAGCUUUGAACAAGAGAAAGAAAGGCUGGAGUUUCUGAGGAGUUUCUGCAGUCAGGGCAGGAAAUGUUGGAACAAGAACCACAGGAGCAGGACAAGCAACAAAACCAGCACCAGGCUGCCAAAGUGAGAGUGUUCCAGAGCGGAGACCGGAGAUCGGAAGAUGGAAAAAGAAGACCAAAAAAUCCGUGACCUCCAGCAGCACCUCAGAGAACAGUCCCUUUUGCUGCUUUGGGCAUCCCUGCUAGUGUAAGGAAGCUGCAGAGUAGGGGAGAGGCCCUCGAGCAGUUCACACACCUGGUCUUUGUCUUGUAGGUGUGACUCAGUGUGCUACAGUUGUGACAAGUGGAAUUACAAUUCCCAGAGAGGUCUUUAAUCUCCCUUUCAUUGCAGCCAGAGUGCAUGUCCACUGCUCUGUGCUUUACAUGCCUUUCUUUCUGGAGUUACUAUUCUGGUUCACCAGCCUGGGCUUCAGGUAAGUACAGAUCUUCUACUGUCAAGGUGUAGGUACUGCUUGAGAUGUGUUGGCCACUCCUUUAGAGGAGGAAUGACUUUUAGAAGCCCAAAAUAGAAAGUGGUGUGGGGGUUUUUGUUUGGUUGGUUUUUGUUUGGUUUUUUUAAUGACAAGCUCCCCUUUCUAGGCACUGUGAUGACAAAAAGGUCUGAUCUGUGAAAUAACUGUCUUUGGAGAGUCACCAAACCCAACGGUGGGCUUGGGUUUCUGUUUGGCCUCCAGUCUCACUGGCAGGCUGGCAGUCCCCAAAGCGGGUCAGAAAGAUGCUCGGAUACCUUUUCAGGUAGGGCCCUUGCUUACAAUAACCACACCUUUUGCUCUUUGUGAAUAAAUGAGGAGAAUGUUACAAAGACAGAUGAACUGGUAAAUUGAUGGUUAACAAAAUACAGUGGCUGUGUCACUGGCUAUUAUCAGCUCUGGGUAACCAGAAACGUACCUGUUCCUUUCAGAUGGGUAUUUAGGGAAGGAGGAUGGACGUGGCACAGUUUAUUUGCUGGAACACUAAGGGCUAUGUGGAAGUAUGUUCUUAUCUUACACAGAAUUAUGCUAAAAUAAAUACAAUAUGUGUGA